AUGGAGCUUGAAGCUGGGUAUGUAGAUUGGAGAGGGAAUGCUGUGGAUGGAAACAAGCACGGUGGCAUUAAGGCAACACUCUUCCUCUACGUUCUGGUCAUGUUACGAAGCUGUCCUAGCAGCGCAAACUUCAGUCUUGUGGCCUAUUUCCAUGGAACACUGCAUCUGGAUAUUGUGACCUCUUCAGCCGUGAUCACCUACCUGGGUUAUAUGUUGCUAGCAUUGCAGGCACACUUGCCUUCACUACAUCCUCUGGACUGUGAGAUAAACAAAGAACCAAACAACUGUGAACCAGCUGAAGGCUGGCAGUUAACACUGCUCUACCUGAGCUUAUCAAUAUUUGCCAUUGGGGAAGGCUGCAUGCGCUCCUGCAUACCACUCCUUGGUGGAGAUCAGUACAGCAAUGAUGAUAUGAAAAAAAGCCAGCUCAAGGGUAGGUUCUUGAGUUGGCUAAAGUUUGCAAACUCCCUUGGAGCGCUCAUCGGAUUGGUAUUCUUAGUCUGGAUCGAAAACAAUUUGGGCUGGGCCACUGGCUUUAUGAUAUCUGCACUUAUUGUACUGGUAGGGCUGUUUGUGGCAGCGUGUGGACUGCCUUUCUACAGAACAGUCAGACCUAAUGGAUGUCAUGUGACUAGAAUAUUGCAGGAUGUCAUGACUUCAUCAAAGAAGAGGCAGGCUGCCAUUGCAGAUGAUAUUGAGCUGCAAGAAACCAGCACAGCAGAAUGUGUUGAUGGACAAGACAAAUCAGACAGCAGGAUCAUUCGCACCACUCAAGUUGAAGAGGAAACAAAUGGCAUCAUCCUGAUGUUUCCAAUCUUCAUCAGCUGCUUGCUCAUCUACCUGCCUUUCACGCUUCUAAUGACACUAACCAUACAAGUAGGCAGCACGAUGGACGGAAGGAUAGGAGAGAUAAAGAUUUCCUCUGCCUCUCUCAUCGCAAUCCCAACAGCAUUUCACAUGCUUAUGCGACCAUGCUACAGGCGGAUAUUGAUACCACUGCUAAAAAGAUUCACAGGCCACACACAUGGAAUCACACCACUGCAGCGUAUAGGUGCUGGCUCUGCAUGCGGGAUAGCAGCAGCAUGUGUUGCCACAUUAGUUGAAACAAGAAGACUGAUAGCCGCAGAACAACAUGGGCUAACGUCGACAGGAGCAGCUGUCCCGAUGUCCGUGUUCGGGCUGGUGAUACAAUUCUUCCUGUUAAGCAUCAUGGAUAUAGCAUCCUUCAGUGGACUGAUUGAGUUCAUAAAGAGUGAGUCAUUUCCACAAAUGGAGCUGAUAGCACCGGCAGUACAAUCCAUUCUUUCUGGAAUAGCAGCCUGGUUGGCAUGUGCCUUCAUACAACUGAUGAACAGAGUGACGAGGCAUGGGGACAACGUAAGAGGAUGGCUGGACGGAGCGGACUUCAACAGGACGCGUCUCGAUCGUUUCUUCUUGUUACUGGCAGCCUUUGAGCUGGUGGCACUGAUCAACUAUGCUUUCUGGGCGAGGAGAUAUGCCAACAAGCAACAUAGUAGCGCAUAG